GUAGGAAAUGGCGGAAUACUUGGCUUCCAUCUUCGGCACCGAGAAAGACAAAGUCAACUGUUCGUUUUAUUUCAAAAUUGGAGCUUGUCGUCAUGGAGACCGGUGCUCUCGGUUGCACAAUAAACCGACCUUUAGCCAGACCAUUGCCCUCUUGAACAUUUACCGUAACCCUCAAAACUCUUCUCAGUCUGCCGACGGCUUGCGCUGUACCGUCAGCGAUGUCGAGAUGCAGGAACACUACGAUGAGUUUUUUGAGGAGGUUUUUACAGAAAUGGAGGAGAAGUACGGGGAAGUCGAGGAGAUGAACGUCUGUGAUAACCUGGGAGACCACCUGGUGGGGAACGUGUACGUCAAGUUUCGCCGGGAAGAGGACGCAGAAAAGGCAGUGAUCGACUUGAACAACCGUUGGUUUAACGGGCAGCCGAUCCAUGCUGAGCUCUCGCCAGUGACCGACUUCAGGGAGGCCUGCUGCCGGCAGUACGAGAUGGGGGAGUGCACGCGAGGCGGCUUCUGUAACUUCAUGCACUUGAAGCCCAUUUCCAGAGAGCUGCGCCGCGAGCUGUACGGACGCCGGCGCAAGAAGCACAGGUCGAGGUCCCGGUCUCGGGGGCGUCGUUCUCGGUCGAGAGACUGUGGUGGUGGUGGAGGACGGGAGCGCGACAGGAGACGAUCACGAGACCGUGAAAGAUCUGGGCGAUUCUGA